UCACUAGCUAUCUUUAGGAGCCGAAAACUCCUCACUAAUAUUUACUUCAGUGGAAACUGGAAACUGAUAGGCCUAUGUCUGCUUUCAAAUAGUAGGCUACAUGUAAUGACCGUGGAGUUUUUGCCCGUCUGAGUAUAUAUGUGACAUGCGCACAUACGACCACCAGCUGCAGCGACCCACUGUCCAACACCGACUCGCCGUGAGGACAGAGACCGACCUGACGCGUCAGCCUCGGGGAUGUAAAUGAGACGGCUCUCGGGCUCAGCGGGGGACGGAGUUGUCAGAGAAUGCAACAGCAAGCGAGCCCACCGUCUGCAUUAGCUAACGAUUGUACACAGCGAAUAGCUGCCAAAUGUAAACCGCAUAUCACCGAGUCGUGAUUGUUAGUUAUUACAUAGCAAGAGGGGACUGCAAAAGGGACUGCGCUUAACAUCCUGCAGGCAGCAUGCCUCCUCAAAGUCUUCAAUCCAGCGGACUGACCCUCUCUGAAACAAGCAUAGGUUCCUUUAAGAGGAGGAAGAGGAAAUCCAUAAUAGUGACGGUGUUGCUGCUCAUCGUAUCUGUGCUCAUCCUCAUCUUUGGCCUGGCAGCGACGACCAGGACGCAGAACAUCACAGUGGGCGGCUACUACCCAGGAGUCAUUCUGGGCUUUGGCUCUUUUCUUGGAAUUAUCGGCUCUCAUUUGAUAGAGAACAAGAGGCAGAUGUUAGUGGCGUCUAUCGUCUUCAUCAGUUUCGGAGUGGUGGCGGCCUUCUGCUGUGCGAUUGUCGACGGAGUCUUUGCAGCGAGGCACAUUGACCUCGGGCCUCUGUAUGCAGGACGAUGUGAGUACCACUCCAGUGAGAACUCAGCUGAUCGAGAUGUGCCCUGUCACACAUCAUCACGCUCACCCUGCAACCUGCAUGUAAAGAGCAACACCUGCUACUGCUGUGAGCUCUACAAAUGCGGGAAAGAACAUCCUCUUAUGGGACUUCAGAAUAAAGAUGUUUUGAAAAAGUUUAGGAAAUCAUCCAUGAUUUGGAAGGCUAGCCGAGUAGAGGUAAUUGGAGGCUACCAUGAGUACACGGACGUGGGGAGCUGCCAGGAUGUGGUGCACCUCUACCACCUGUUAUGGUCUGCUACCAUCCUCAACAUCGUGGCCCUCUUCCUGGGCAUCAUUACUGCUGCAGUGCUGGGAGGCUUCAAAGACAUGACUCCCUCUGCUGCCUUAGAGAGCUCAUCUGAACCAGAGGCCAUGACAGCUCCUGUCCCAUCUGAGCCUCCUCGACCCACCACCUCCAUCAACUCCUAUUACAACACUGCCCCCUGCCUGCCACCGUACACUGCCUAUGACAUGCAGGGCACCUAUUUGUUCCCUGACUCUUCAGGUCUGUCAGAUGACUCCCAGUCUGGAACCAGCCACCUGUGGCCCACUAUGAUCCCUCCACGCUACUCUCCUCCCCACAACCAUCCUGAUGAGAAGCCCCCGCCGUACAGCCCCUAACAUGGCAACUAACACAGAGGGCACGUCACACUUAGCAGGAAGUUUGAGAUCAAAUAGUCUGAAUGCACAGUUCCUCUGGGCUCUUCCUCACAGUCGCUGAGGACUGAGUUGAAACACGAGUGGGAGAAGGAGAAUGGACACGCAGCACGCUAACGUUGACUUUAAUCCAAAACAAAACACAACAGUGUGUGUUUGUCUGAGCACUAAGUACACUCACGCAUGCACGUUGUGUACGUGUGUGUGUGUGUGUGUGUGUGUGUGCAUAAACACAUCAAGAGAGAGGGAGACAGCAGGUUCAAAGCCAGGACUUUAUUCACAUCUGUCUGCCUUAAUGCAAAAUGGACUUCCAGUGCUGCAGUUCUAUGUCAGCUGGACUUAAAGGUGAACAACUCUCCUGCAGCUCAUGCUUUUUGUUAACCUCUCUUUAGUUCUUAAUGUAAUGUGAAUGCUUCUCUGCUGCAGGUGAUACAGGCGAUAAUAUCCUCUCUAUUUCUCCUCCAGGAUCUAGACUCAUUAGCAGCGCUACGAACCUUUAAGAGAGUCAGCUUCAAGCUUUCUUAAUCUGAGUCAGUCAGGAAAAUCAAACAUUGUAGAGCUGUAGGCCCAACAGUUGUUUCUUUAGCAGUUAAUGAUGUCGAUGUGCAUUACUAGCAGACGAGGUUAGCAGUAUUGGAGCUACUUCAUGCUAAUGAUGUAUGUACAGCAGUAUGAUAUAAUACAGAUGCUCUUUCAACAGAUAGGCUUAUGGUAUACAUCAGAUGAUUAUGAUAUCUAUUUAGCAACUCUUAAGUUUAACGUCAGACAUAUCUCGAUUAGUGUACACUGUAUGGGGAACUUUGCAGCGCAGUGUUUAUGAAGAAAUAACUUAUUCAGCAGUAGAAGUAAAAUCAGGAUGGCUAGCAGUUACUCUAGAAACCAUAUUUAUUGUAUUUUCACUAAAGGCUGCAAUGCAGGUAAACAUAUACAGUCUCUGUCUCUUUGUAAGUACAGAUAAUAAUUACAUUUAAACGCCAAAAUGUGUUGUUACUAGUAAGGCUGAUUGUGAACAGUCAGUGCUGGAUUCACUGACCCGAGGUAGAGACUCAAGACUUCAAAAAAUAAGAACUCACAGAGGAUAAUCGUGUAAAUUAGAAUUGGUCUUCCUCAGCUUUUAUCACUGCUUUUUAUAAUUUAAAGAACACAUUCUCAGGGGCUGAUUAUCAGUUCCUUUUUGUCUUGCCAUUAAAAAUGUUUUGUGUCAUUUCAAAUGGUGUUUGAUCCUUCGUGUUGAGCAACAAGUGUAGCUCCAAUGAUGGCAGUGUCCAUUGGCUCACCACAUUUUCAACAGGUGGAUGAAUAAAGAUGAUACUUUGAAUAGACAUAUAUACAGUAGUAUCCCAGAGGAUGAAUCUGACUGGAUUUGUUGAUCCCUGUACGUUUCAUGUAGUGCCACUACAAGGUUAGAAUUUCUGGAUGUUGGUGAAAUGUCUCGAUCGGUGCUAAUUGAUUCAUGUGAAGUUGAUGCUCACUUCAUUUAUCAAAAUACCAUGUUCUUGCUUGAAAAUUACAGAAAUGCUGAAAUUCAA